AUGAAGAAACGGAAAAGCGACGCUUCUCAUGAAAAACGAGAAGAAGAAGAAGAAGGAGAAGAAGGAGAGGAAGAAGAGGAAUUACGACUGCCGCCUCUCCCUUCAACUCGGUUGAGCAAAGAAGCGCUGAUCGAUAAGUUUAAAAACUUUGAGGACAUGAAGGUGAGACCACCAUCGUCAUCGAGAGACGACGACGACGAUAUCGAGAGAGGAGAACUGAAGAUGGACUUUAACAAAGUGCCGGAGAUUCUGAAAGAUUUCGACCGAGGAGGAAAAAACGGCGGCGACGCCGACGAUGGAUUCGUUGGAUUUUCUUCCGACUCGGAUGAUAAAAAUGAAGUCUUAGAGAAGAAAUCGAAAGGAAAGGAAGAAGAAAAAGAAGAAGAUGGUAACGAUGAUGAUGAUAAAGAUAUUAGUUUCGAGGAGAAACUAUUAUCCAACGCGGCGGAUGAUCGUUCGGGUAAACUGCGAAUGCGGGCAGAUAUUGCACUCAACGAGGGAGAAUACGCCGGAAAAAGCACGAGCCGAGCGAAGAUGUUCGCGGACGAGGAAGAGGAAUUAAGGAAGAACAAUCCGCAUUACGACGAAGAUGUAGACCUAGACGAUUUUGAGGGAGAUGAUUACCCCGAUGAGGAAGAAGAUUUUGAGAACAAAAGCAUAGGAUCGGCAGAAGAGGAAGAGUAUUCGGACGACGAGAGCGAAGAAGAGGAAGAAAAGAACAAGAACAAGAAAGAAGGCAGCACACGAAGGAACGAAUACGACAACUUUUCCGACGACGACGACGACGACGACGACGACGACGACGACGGGGGAUGGAACAUCCACGAUGAAGGCGAUGAAGAGAUGCGCGCGGUGUUGGAUUCAGCCACGCGGAAAAAAGGUAAGAGAAGGAAGAGCGAUAAAGAAGCGGCAAAGAUGUUCAAGAAGUUUGAGGCAGAAUUGCCACGAUUGAAUAUUUCUGACGACGAAGAUGAAGAUGAAGAGGACGAAGACGACGAUGAUGAUGCAGAUGCAAUGGAUGAAGAUGACGACGAAGAAGAAGAUGAACUCGGAGGUGAAGGAGGUGGAGCGAAAGACAAUAGAGAAGAGGAUGAAGAGGACGACGACGAUGAUGAUGAUUUUGAGGACGACGACGAUGAUUUUGAUUACGCAGGUGCCAUGGAAAAGGAUGACGUGAAAAGAAAACCAUCGAGUACGAAACGAGCGAGCGCACGAGACGAAGAAGAAGAAGAAGAAGACGAUGAAGACGACGACGAUGAAAUCGAGGAUGCCGCCGAUCCGCGACUUGAAGAAGAACUGAAAAAGUUUGAGCUCGAAGAACAAGAAACGAAACGCUUGGCGGAGCAAAAAGCGAAAACGGAACAAAAAUCAAAGUCUGUGCGCAUUCAGAGAGCUCUGUGGGAGCAAAUGCUCCGGAUGCGGAUCAAGUUGCAAAAAGGCAUCGAAAACGGCAUGAAAAUGCCAGGUCCACUCGCCAAUCAAGGUUUGCGUCGUCUCUCGGAAAGCGCAAACAAAUCGCUCGACUCGCUCGCGACUACUGCAAAAGAUACACUUCUCUCGAUGUUGCACUUGCAGGUGUAUUUGAUGAAACAAUUUGAAAAGACGGGCGAAGUAGACACGACCGAGGUUGCCGCGAAAUUGAAAAAUCUCAAACAGAAACGAGAAGAGGAGAAGAGCGACGGUGGUGUCAGCGGUCCUUUAACCUCCACGGAACAGUUUUGGAACGUGUGCGAAGCUAUGCAAAACGAAUUUGCGGAGUUUCGAGAUUCGAGUUGCGAUCGAUGGCAAAGAAAAUCGCAAGUGUCUUCUGGAAACGCUGGAAAUUUAAAGGCGUUCAAUCAAAACAUCUCUCAGCAAGUCCGCGCGGCUAUGCUCGCACCAGAGAAAGCCAUCGAUAGAUCCCGACCCGUGCUGACGCGCACAAAAAAAAUUGGAGAAAACGUUCAAGUAUCUCGGCUCGGUGAUACUACAAAUUCGGACGAUUCCGACGAUGAGCAUUUCGAUCGAGAUGAAGACGGAGCGCGCCCGAACAAGAAUGGUUCCUCCAUAGAAUCGCGCAAAGAUAUCGAAUCGUACGACGAUUUCGACAUGUACGAGCAGUUACUCAAAGAGUUUCUCGAGUCUGGUAACGUCGAUGGCGACGCCCCGAGGAGUGCGGCGAAGCCCGCGAAAAGAAGGAAGAUUGUCGAUCGCAGAGCUUCGAAAGGUAGAAAAUUACGAUAUCACGUCCAAGAACCUCUGGUAAACUUCGUCUCUUCGAUUGAAGAAGAAGUGCCGCAAUGGGCGGAUAAGCUAUUCACGCAACUCUUCGCGAGUAAAGGAUAG